AUGAACGCCGAAUCCUCUGCAAGAGCUGAUCUUGCCCUUGACAUCCUUGUCGUUGGCGGCGGUAUCAGCGGUCUUGCUCUUGCAUACACAUUAAGUACCGCUGGACACCGAGUCCGUGUUCUCGAGAAGAGCAAUCUCUCUGCUCCCAGUGGAGGUAUCCGUCUUCCUCCCAACUUUAGCAAGAUCCUCAAACGAUGGAUCGGCGAAGAGGAGCUCAUGAAGGUGGCGACAAGAUGCGUUGGCACCCCGUUUAUGCACCUGAACACCGGUUCUUCCAUUGGUUACCUGCCGUGGAGAGCGGCCGUCAUGGCAGAAACGGGCGGUGAUUUCCUCGUUAUCCACGACCUCUUACGCCUAUUACACAGACUCGCCACGGAUGCGGGAGCCAUCGUCGAGUUCAACACACCAGUUUCUUCAAUUCACCCAGGCACAGAAAGCUCUCCGAACCCCAGUGUCACCCUAGUGGACGGACGGGUUCUAUCGGCAAACGUCCUCGUCGGUGCCGACGGAAACAGUAGCCAAGUUCGACCCGUGGUGCUGGGCUAUGAGGAAGAGACCAAGCCUGGCGGUCUGACGGUUUAUACUGGUGUAAUCGACUCCACCGAAGAUAUGCUCCAGGACUCGGACUUGCGACAGUGGGCUUCAGGCGACAACUGGCCUAUCUGGAUGGGAUCCCACCGGAGUUUAUGCGCGCACCCUAUCCGCGCAAAGAAAGGGUACUUCUUCCAUAUCUGGUCACAUACCCAAGACGGUCUCCCUCAAGGAGGCGAUGAGACAUGGAAUGACCUAGUACCUACGGAAUCUACAGGGAUCAGCAAUUUGUCUCCAGAGCUGCAGCGUAUGGUUCGGAUGGCUGGUCCGACACUCAUUCGCACCCAGCACCUCCUGCACGCCGACCGGGCCGAGGCCGACUGGGUCGACUCGACCGGACGCAUUGUCCUCAUCGGUGACGCCGCCCACCCCUCCUGUCCCGGAGGGUCGCACACGGGCAGCAUGGGCGUCGAGGACGCGGUCGUACUCGGCGCGCUCCUCGCGCGCCUCCGCCGCCCCGGGCAGCUGCCCACCUUCCUCUCCGCGUAUCAGGAGCUCCGCCAGGCCCGCGCCGAAUUCACGCACGCCGCCGACCUCGCGAACGCGCGGCUCAUGGCGCUCGCGCCGGGGCCGGUGCAGCAGGCGCGCGACGAGAGCAUGGCGCGCCAUCAGGACGAGGGGGACGAGUGGGACGAGGGCGCGACGCGGGACCAGUUCAACGAGAUCGCGGAGAUCUUCGUCUACGACGCGUACGACGCCGCUGAGGAGUGGUGGGUCAACUGGGGCCGGUUCAGCGAGGUGGAGCGCGAGCGUGACUUCCGCGCGCCGAUCAUGGGCUCUGGGACGGGCCAGUUCGACAUGGCGCGUUUGGUGAAGUAA